AUGUUUGAGCGGUCCAAUCGUGGUGGGACACGAGGUGGCGCGGCCGAUUUCUCGUGGGAUGUGGUAAAAGAAGACAAGCAUCGCGAGAAUUACCUGGGCAACUCCGUCGCCGCACCACGCGGCCGAUGGGCACAAGGCCGCGAUAUUCUCUGGUAUAGCAAAGGUCACAAAGACGAUACGGACAAAGACCAAGCAAAGAGGAAAGAAGAAUUGCUUGCCAUCAAGAUGGCUGAGCAGGAAGCCAUGAACCAGUUGCUCGCGCACCCCACGUAG